GCAAAGAAGACCGCGCUCCUCGCCGCCAAGAAGACCGCUCCAGCAUCCCCGAUCGGCGACCAGCCGACCAUGGAGGCCGCAGCCCAGCAAUCGCAGCACGCUACGUUCAGCAAACAGCUGCGGCCUUCAGGGGGCCGCGAAAAGCACAAAGAGAUUGAACUAUCGGACGAUGAGCCUGACGAUCGCAUGCACCCUCUCGAGAUGCUGGCUGCGGGCCAAUCCAAAGCUCGCGAUGUCAAGGAGGUCUCCGAUUCUGUCAACGUGGACGCCCUGGUGGCCGCGGCGAUGUCCAGCGAGACGUGCAGCAGCGUCUCAGGUUUCGCGGGCGCGGAGCGGCUGUUGGCCAGGAGCUGUGAGGGUAUUCGCGCAGAGGUGCCAGAAGGCGCCCUGUCGCAGCUGUCGGGUGCUGGUGCCGCCGAGACCGAGGCCCCAGGGGCGAAGGAUCGCCUCCCCGAGGAGGCCGCGAAGAACAACUUCAC